AUGCCGCUCGCGCCGAGUGCGAGUUCUCGCGUAGUUGAAGGCGCAGCGAUGGCGGGGGAUUCUCGUUGCGCGCCAAAGGCCACCCUGAAGUGUGGAAAGUCGGGGAAGAAACAGGAGAAAGCCAACCGCCGACUGAAGCGCGAGGAGCAGAGAGCGGCCGCCGCAGCCAUUGAACAGACUGUCCGUACAGCCAAGGGUCUGGCCAACUUUUUCGCCCUGGCAACGCCCAACCGGCGUUUCCGCGGAGGCAAAGUCCCCGCCUCUUCCCAGCAGCCUCGGGCAACGGCUGCCGAGAGACAAGAGUUUGCGAUUUACGACAGCCCAGCGACGGCGCUCUUGGCGGCCAAUGCCCCCCUGAGUGACGAAAUCUUCAACUUGACGCGCGAAAAUAUGAAGAACCUGUACAACCAAGUGAACUUCAUGGAACAGGGAUGGGACGACGACUUCAAGCGCCGCGAACUCACCCACGAGGACGCGCGCCUCCUCGUCGUUCUGACGGAACCGAACGAGACCAGCGCACCUGUUUCGCGGGAGACUGACGACAGCGCCGCGCUCAAGGAUGUUUCCCCGGACCGUCUAGCGGGUUUUCUUCAUUACCGCUUCGAGGUUGAAGAAGGGACAGCCGUGGUGUAUGUCUACGAACUCCAAAUCAAGGGCGCUUACCAGAACAUGACUCUGGGCAGGCGCUUGAUGUUGCUUCUGGAGCUGGCCGCGCGGGCCUUCAACAAAGCACACAGUCCUUUGAAGUUCGACAAGUUGAUGUGCACAGUGAUCAAGGAGAACGCGGGCGCAGUUCGGUUCUACAAGAUCCUCUGCGGGUUUUCGACCGACGAGAGCGACCCGUCGAACUUUGUCAACGAGAAACUGCAGGAGCAGCUUCUCCACGCGCUGCAAACGAGCGGAAAGGGGAACAGCGCCGCAGCGAAAAUGCUCGAGCGUGCACAGGAAGAGGAAGAAGAAGACGAAGAAUGCGAAUACGAAAUCCUGAAGAAAAACCUCUGA